AUGCUGGGAGCAGUCUUCAAUCUCCCUGAGAUUUUAGAGAACAAGCUCAACAAAUACAAGAUACCAGUCGAUGUGUCAUCACGUCAUGGUCUUACCCCACUUCUUGUGGCAAUCAGACAUGGCAGCCCUGAUUCAGUGAAGUAUUUUCUAGACCUCGAAGCUGAUCCUGCUAGAAUAUCCGUCGCUCACAAGCACCGCAUAGAAUCUGGCAAUAUGGGCAAGCCGAUUGCUGAUGAAGACAUGGUAGAAAAUGUCCUUCUAAAUCACGAGAAGAGUCGAGAACAUUUUCUCCGUCAACUUGAAAGGCAUUUGAGAACCGACGCCCAUCCUGAUCCAUCGCGAGCUUUGGAUAUUCUAUAUAGAGCUUCCAACGAGGUACCAAUAUCCGCAAAGGUUUUUGAGUACAGAAUCAAAACCAGAGGUCUGGGUGAGCUUGCUAAAGUUCUUGUCCUUAUGGACGAAGACACUUUCGAUGAAGAUAUGGUAGCGGAAGUUAUUCGUCAUGAUUCUUGUGAAACUGUAAAGAGGCUGUAUGAAUUCAAACACAUCAACUGGAUCACGGAGCAAAUGGUCAUGAAUGCCCUCAGAAGUUUUGACUCAAAUACUGUCGCAUAUCUUGUGAAGCAAUUCGGUCAUCAUAUUCUAACACGACAGAGAGUGAUUGAUGCAAAGCCUCGAUCUCACCAAUUUCGGAAAGUAAUACUUGAUGUUAAGGGAAUCCAGUUCAUCAACCAGGAGGUUUUUGACUCGCUGUUCGACAAUUGUGUAGACCCCGAAGUUCUGACCUUUGUUUUGGAUUCUUGUGGCACUGAUAUGAUCAGGAGUUCCCAUAUCGAGAUUUUAGUGGAUCGCCGAUGGAACUUUCUCGACGAAUUGGAGCCCAUUUUCUGCAUGAUAAGAUCGUUAGAUGUUUUGAUCACAGAGAAGGCGGUUUUUACCGCUUUGGAGAAAGAAAAUAUCGAUGUGGCAACUUUUUUGCUGGAGAAUGCUAAGGACCCCCCAUCGUUGUUGACCAAACGGGUCAAAGACAUUGCUAAUACUUAUGGUGGAGAUGUUUGGAUGCUGAUCCUUGAAAUAUCUGUCAAUAAUAUGUGUGAUUGA